AUGCUGGGCAGCCUUCUCGCCGACGAAGACUACGACCUCUGGCACCGCAUGCUGGCCGACCUGCUGGCCCGCCAGCGCACACCCAGCUCAGCGCUCUACGAGGCGGUGUGGAGCGCGAUGGAGCAGGGGAGCGCGGGCCGGCUGGCGCCGGUGAUGCGCGCCGAGCUGGCCCACGCACACAAGCUGUCCGGGCCGCGCAGGCGCGAGUGGCCGCCGGCGCACGACCCGGUGGAGAAGAGGGACAUCAAGCGGUACCGCGAGCUCUUCAACGUCGCGCUCGACACCCUUCGCUUCCAGCCCGCGCCCGUGGCCGAGGGCUGGGAAACGCUGGCGUCGAACCAGUUGCACUUCAUCGGGCUCGUACAGCGCAUGCUACGGGACGACCUCCGCUACUACAAGGCUAUCAACCUAACCCACGAGAGCUGCUUCCACCGCCUGCUGGAGGGGAAGCCGGGCACGGAGUCGCCGCUGCGGCACGAGCUUCUGGAGGUGGCCUUCGACCUGCUCGACCAGGUGAACUCCUCGGUACCCGUCGAGGUCGCCGACCGCACCAAACGCAUUGCCUACUCCAUCUUCCACCUCUUGGGCAAGGCGUACUUUGGGUCGGAGGAGCACUGGGACAGGCGCUGGGACCUGGUCAGCGACCUCACCGCCCGCGUGCAGGACCUCCCACACGCCACCCAACUCGACUUCCUCGACAGGCUGCGCGGGCGAAGGCUGCGGAAGGAGCUGUCGGCGCGCAUCCUGGAGGACACCUUCAGCGUGGCCAAGGUGAGCAAGCAGCACCUCAAGCUGCGUCUGGAGCCCCUCACCGCCGCCAAGAUCGUGCACUACCACCUCCACUUCAUCCCGCAGCCCAAGGCCAACCGCGGCAAGUCGGCCUCGGCCUCAUCGAGCGACGACAUGGUGCGCGAGGAGCUGUUCGCGGCGCUGCUCGCGCACCUCGUGUUGGACCACUUUGGCGACCUUCUCCUCGUUGACGACGACGACGACGAUGAUGAUGAUGAAGAUGACAAUGCGGACAAGAAGCAGGCGGCGACGGCCCGGCGAGAGGCGCUGCUGGCCGACGCGCGCGAGGUCGGGCUGGUCGACGAGCUCGACGAGUUCAUGGAGCAGACGCGCAAGCGCAACAUCUACCUCCUCCAGCUGUCGCCCGCCCUGCGCUUCCGCCUCGACGCCCUCCAGCACUUCUGCGGCCGCCUCAAGUCUCACCUGGGCACCACACCAUAG